ACACAGUUACUCGAAAAAUGUACACUAAGAUAUUCCUAGCCGCCAUUACCCUGGCCGCGGCUGCAGCCAGGCCUCAGGAAGGGCACCACGAGCACGGUCACGCUUACUCCUCUCAGAGCAUCGUGCUUCAUCAAAGCCAUGGUCAUGAACAAGUACAUAAACACCAUGAACAACAUUCUGCUCUCCAGCAGUCUGGCAAGAAACAUGAUGAACAUCACCACGAUUACUAUGCGCACCCUAAGUACGAGUUCGAGUACAAGGUGGAGGACCCGCACACCGGCGACAAGAAGGCGCAGCACGAGGCCCGCGACGGCGACGUCGUCAAGGGCUACUACAGCCUGCACGAGCCCGACGGCACUGUCAGGAUCGUGCACUACUCCGCCGAUAAGCACAGCGGUUUUAAUGCUGAAGUCAAGAGGGAAGGGCACGCUAAGCAUGUCCUGUGCCUAGCUUCCCUCCUGGCCGUUGCCGCAGCUCACUACGGGCACGGACAUGGCCACGCGUUCUCCUCGCAGCACAUCUCCCGCCACGACGGGCCCGCGCACGUCGUGCCCAUCCACGGUCACGGUCACGGUCACGGUCACCAUGGCCAUGACCACGGUCACGAUGUCGACUACUAUGCUUACCCUAAGUACGAGUUCGAGUACAAAGUAGACGACCCGCAUACCGGCGACCACAAGACGCAGCACGAGCACCGCGACGGCGACGUCGUCAAGGGCUUCUACAGCCUGCACGAGCCUGACGGUUCCAUCAGACACGUCCACUACCACGGCGACAAGCACUCUGGAUUCCAUGCUGACGUGAAACACGAGACCCACCACAUCGUUCCAGAGAAACACCACCAUCACUACUGAAUGGUUCCAUUUUAUGACAUUUUACGUAUGAAUCUGUGAUCUACCAAUAAUUGUUAUGUUGUAAAUAUUUUUUACCUAAUAUACUUUUUACAAGCAAA